AUGGGUAGAGCUCCUUGUUGUGACAAAGCAAAUGUUAAGAAAGGGCCAUGGAGUCCUGAAGAAGAUGAAAAGCUAAAGGAGUACAUAGAGAAACAUGGUACUGGAGGGAACUGGAUUGCCCUCCCACAAAAAGCUGGUUUGAAAAGAUGUGGGAAAAGUUGUAGACUCAGAUGGCUUAAUUAUCUCAGACCCAACCUUAAGCAUGGUGAGUUUUCAGAAGAUGAAGAUAGAAUAAUCUGCACUCUCUUUGCUAGCAUUGGAAGCAGGUGGUCAAUAAUAGCAUCUCAGUUGCCAGGUAGGACUGACAAUGAUAUCAAGAACUAUUGGAACACCAAGCUUAAGAAAAAAGCGAUGGGAAUGGAUCCUUCAGCACUCAAGAAAUAUCACCAAGUUACCCUUUUAUCCAUCCUUCAAAACUCAACACCAUCUUCAUCCUCCUCGUCUUUUCAAGCACAAGAAAGUUCUUUGCGUCCCUUUCAAAAUUACCAAGUUAGUAGUGUCUCUAUGUUAGGGGGUGAAACUAGUUGCACCUCUUCAGAUGGAAGCUGCAAUAAUCAGAUCAAUCAGGUCAAAGAAGUAGAUCUUGGAUAUGGUGGUGAUGGAACUUUGGUUGACCAAAUCGGUACUCUUAGUUACCUCUCUAAUGGGUUGGAAGGUACCCAAAAGUUGAUGCUCUCCAAUGCUGGUAGGGUUAGUGGGUGGACAGUGGAACAAAGUAGAAUAUGGGGAGAAAAUCCAUUAGAUUAUGGUCUAGAAGAAAUUAAACAGCUAAUAAGCACUAGCAGUUGCAACAACUUGUUUGACGACAAGAAGACAGAGGAAAUGGUCAUGUACUAUUGA